AUGACCACUUCGACCACCCUUCCCCACCUCACUGUGCCACCUCUCACUGCACCACAACUUUUCACAGACAGUGAAGAGCACAGCGAGGAUGACCUAGGUCUGCCUCAAUCAAAUCCUCAUCGUCUGCUCAACAUGAAUAACAGUAAUAACAAUGACGAGGAGAAAAAGAAGAAAAGGAAAAAGGAGAAGAAAGAGAAGAAGGAGAAGAAAGAGAAGAAGAAGGAAGAAAAGGAAACAAAGGAAAAAGAGACAGAAAAGGAGAAGGAGAAUGAAAAAGAGAAAGAAAAAGAGAAGGAAAAGGAGAAGGAAAAGGAAAAGGAAAAGGAAAAGGAAAAGGAAAAGGAAAAGGACAAGGACAAGGACAAGGACAAGGAGAAGGAAAAGCCCAAAGAACUGUUUGUCAUUAAUCCUGCUGGGAAUUUGUAUUACAACUGGCUGUUCGUCAUCACAUUACCAGUCAUGUACAACUGGACCAUGAUCAUUGCCAGGGCUUGCUUUGAGGAGCUGCAGCACAACUACCUCAUUUACUGGGUUAUCUUGGACUACACUUCAGACAUAAUCUACCUUGCUGAUAUGCUCGUCAGGACCAGAACAGGUUACCUUGAACAAGGCCUGAUAGUGAAAGAUAAAAAGCUGCUAUUGGAUCGCUACAUCGCCAGCUUCCAGUUUCGUCUGGAUUUCAUCUCCAUGUUGCCCACUGACGUCUUCUAUUUCAUACUGGGUCUUGACUACCCAGAGAUUCGCAUCAACAAGCUGCUGAGAAUCGGUCGCAUGAUGGAGUUCUUCACGAGGACUGAGACUAAAACCAACUACCCCAACAUCUUCCGUAUUGGAAACUUGAUCAUGUACAUCCUCAUCAUCAUCCACUGGAAUGCCUGCUUCUAUUUCUCCUUCUCCAAGGCCAUUGGCUUUGGCGCUGAUGACUGGGUUUACCCAGCUCUGGAUGACCCUGAGGAGCCUGCGUUUGGGGAACCCAUGAGGAAGUAUGCGUUCAGCCUCUACUGGUCCACACUGACCCUGACAACCAUUGGAGAAACACCGCCACCAGCCCUGGACUCAGAAUUUCUCUUCCAUGUGGUGGACUUCCUAGUUGGGGUCCUCAUCUUUGCCACUAUUGUAGGAAACAUUGCUACCAUGAUCUCCAACAUGAAUGCUGCCCAAGCCCAGUUUCAGGCUCGAAUUGACAACAUCAAGCAGUACAUGCAGGUUCGAAAGGUCAGCAAGGAUCUUGAGUUGCGUGUCAUCAAGUGGUUUGACUAUCUGUGGAAUAACGGCAAGGCACAGGAUGAACGGGAGGUGCUGAGGUAUCUUCCAGACAAGCUAAAAGCCGAGAUCGCCAUCCAAGUUCACAUGGAGACACUGAAGAAAGUUCGCAUUUUUGCAGACUGCGAGGCCGGCCUGCUGAUCGAGUUGGUGCUAAAGCUCCGGCCGCAGGUGUUCAGUCCUGGAGACUACAUCUGCAAAAAGGGUGAUAUUGGCCGUGAGAUGUAUAUCAUCAAAGACGGAAAACUUGCAGUAGUUGCUGACGACGGUGUCACACAGUUUGUUGUUCUGGGAAGUGGCAGCUAUUUUGGUGAGAUCAGUAUCCUUAAUAUUAAAGGCAGCAAAGCAGGCAACAGGCGGACAGCCAACAUCCGCAGCAUUGGAUACUCAGACCUUUUCUGUCUGUCCAAGGAUGACCUGAUGGAGUCACUGACAGAGUACCCAGAUGCUAAAGCCAUGCUUGAGGAGAAGGGACGACAGAUCCUGAUGAAAGAUGGUCUGAUAGACUUGGACCCAGCCAACAUUAUGCCUGAGGCCAAGGAGCUGGAGGAGAAGGUCAACAGAUUGUACAGCAUGAUGGAGCUCAUGCAGAUGAAGCUGAGGAGGAUUCUGGGAAAUUACAAAACCACUGACAAGGCUCUCAAACAUCGCAUCGCUGAUCUGGAGCGCCUGACAGGAGAGGAGGUAGAGGAUGAAGAUGAGGAGGAAGCAGAGGUGAAAAAGGAAGAAGAAAAAGCAGGAGAGGAUGAAGGUGAUGGGGAGAAAAAGGAAGAAGAGGGAAAAGAUGAGGAGGCAAAGGAUGAGGAGGGAAAAGGUGAAGAGACAAAGGAAGAAGAGGAAAAAGACGGAGAAACUAAAGAGGAAAAAUAA